AUGGAGACUACAAAAAAAGGUUCUGUGGCAGUCGAUGCUCUGUCUCCCUCGAGAAUUACUGACUAUUUUAAUAGUUCAAGGACGAAAAGUAAAGACUUAAAUCUUCAUUGUGGAUGUGAAGAUGUGAAUACUGACAGUUCACAAGUGCUUGUACAACUUGCUGAAAAGCCACCAGUGCACUUACAAAGCACAGAAAGUUUGAAUUCAAAGCCCUCAAAAUCCAGGCAUGCCAAAGGAAGAAAUCCGGACACUGUCUCAGAAACCAGUGAGUUGCAGGCAACAUCCCCUUCAGUUCCAAGACCAAAACUUAGGAAAAGUACAAAAUCCAACUCACAGGCUGAUGCUUUGUCACCUGCCAGUAAUGUACCAGCGAAACCCAAGCCUGUUCGCAGAAAAAAAAAGGAGCCUGAACCAGUACAGAAGAAUGUAAUCACAGAUUUCUUCCCCGUGAGGCGCAGCGGGCGAAUCACUAAGUCUGAAAUUGAGAAAGAGAAACACCACCAGCUGGAACAAAUGAUUUUAAGUAAAUGUGAAGAUGGAUUAAAGGUAACAGACUUUGACAACAAAGGCAGAGGUGUGGUAGCUACCAAAGAGUUUGAGAAAGGUGACUUUAUAGUUGAGUAUGCUGGAGAACUGAUCGACACUGCUACUGCUAAACAGCGGGAGAAGGACUACGCUGCUAAUCCAGAGAUAGGCUGCUAUAUGUACUUCUUUAACUUGGGGCCCAAGAGUUACUGUGUGGAUGCCACUGCUGAAUCUGGCCGCCUCGGCAGAUUAAUAAAUCACAGCAGAGAGGGUAACUGCUGCACAAAAUCUGUUAUCGUGAACAGUAGACCUCGUCUCAUUCUCUUGGCCAAUAAGAACAUCAGGUGUGGAGAGGAGCUGAGUUACGACUAUGGCGACCGCAGUAAAGCUGCUAUUGAGGCUCAUCCUUGGUUAAAAUUGUGA